AUGUCCGCCGGCCGAGGGGCAGCGCAGCCCGAACAGCCCCGCGGCACCGCGGACCCCUCGGGCAUCAUCAGGGUGAGCGUGAAGACCCUCAAGCAGAAGGAGCAGUUUGAGGUGGCUCAGGACAGCACCAUCCGGGAGCUCAAGGAAGAGGUGUCCAAGCGGUUCCAAGCACCCCCAGAGCUGCUGGUCCUGGUGUUUGCUGGGAAGGUCCUCCAGGAUCAGGACACGCUGAGCCAGCACGGGGUUUGUAAUGGGGUCAGCAUCCAUGUGGUCAUCAGGUCCCAGAACAGACCAGCAGACAGCCUGGCACAGCAAGGGACGGUGACCACGCUGGUGCAAGCUCCCAGCCGCAGCCAUUCCAGCCUGGGAAGUGUGGAUGACCUGUGGGACCCAGGCUUGAUCCAUCACAACCUGUCUGAGAUGCUGGCGUCCAGCCGGGAGGUCGUGGUACAGACCAUGGAGGAUCUCCUGUCCAGGAUCUUCACUUCUGGUCUGGACCUGACCACCAUCAGGAACAACACGUUUCUGAUGGGGUUCCUCCUCGGGGUGAUAGGCGUCCAUCUCCUGGGCCUGGACUCCACAGACGUGCUGGACCUGGUGGGCAGCAUUCAGGAGGAGGAUGUGUCCAUGCCCACCCUCCUCACCGAGGUGCUGCAGAGCCCCAUGGAUGGUGCCGACCUCAUCAGGGAGCUCAUCAUGUCCAACCCGCAGCUGCAGCAGCUGGCGGAGGAGAACCCUGAGCUUGGCCACAUCCUCAGUAACCCUGACACCAUCAGGGAGAUGCUGGAGGCCUUCAGCAGCCCCGCGGUCAUGCAGGAGAUGAUAAGGAACCAGGACCUGGCCAUGAGCAACCUCGAGAGCAUCCCUGGCGGGUACAGCGCUCUGGAGCAGCUCUACCGCGAGGUCGAGGAGCCCUUCCUGGAUGCGGUGGAGGAGCACAUGGUCCAAAACCCCUUUGCUGCCCCAGAGAGCCGCCCCUCGCCGAGCAGAGAGCGGCUGCCGGCACACACCGAGAACCGGAGCCCCCUGCCCAACCCCUGGGCUCCGGAGCCCGGCAGCGCCGGAGGCACCGCACAGGAGCUCCCCGGACACAGAGCUGCCGAGAGCUUCGUGGUGUUGAACCUGGGGGCCGCGGUGCCCAACUCCGGUGUGGUGCAGAGCAUGGUCCGGAGGCUGGCAGGCAGCCCGGAGCUGAUGCACAACCUGAGCCGCGCGCUGGCAGAGCCCGGCAGCCCCGCGCAGGAGGUGCUGAGCCCACACGCACCCGGUGAUGGGAGCUCCGUGCCACCGGAGCAGCAGGAGCUGCCACCGGAGCUGGAGCAGGCAGAGAUCGCGUCCGUGCUGCGGAACCCGCGGGCGCUGCAGGCGCUGCUGCAGAUCCACCUCGGCCUCCAGACCCUCUCCGUGGAGGCUCCGGACUUCCUGCACAGCAUCGAGGACGCGCGGAUGGAGCUGGGCCUGCGGAGCAUGGAUGGGUCACCAGUGUGCACCGAGGCCAGUGUGGUGUCAGAUGAGGAGGGAGCAGAGGAUGAGAUGGAGAUGGACGAGGAGGAGCUGCAGAGCCUGUUUGAGCAGCAGAUGGAGCAGCUCAGCGCCAUGGGCUUCAAGGACCAGGGUGCAAACCUGCAGGCACUGCUGGACGCGGAUGGAGAGCUCCACACAGCAGCUGAGAUACUGGCCAAGGCUCGGCAGGCAAAGAAGAUGCCAUGA